AUGCUGGGUGUGGAAAUGUACCCUAGUUUAGCCCUGGGACCUCAGAGACUGAGCGACUGCUAUUAUAGAGAUCAUGAACCCCCAGCACAUGUGCCAUUGUAUCCUACUACAUGUGACAUGGCAGCUCGUGGGCUUCCCCCUCGACUGCUGCAGCCACCUCCUGCCACUGCAGAGACUCCUGGGACUCCACAGGACAGUGUAAAAAUGGAGCUUGAGAAUGCGUCACUGUGGAAACAGUUCAGCACAGUUGGCACUGAGAUGAUUGUGACUAAGAAGGGCAGGAGAAUGUUUCCACAGCUGCGAAUGAAGCUGUCAGGGCUGAACCCAUCACUGCGUUACAUUCUUCUUUUAGACAUUUUACCUGUUGAUUCCUCUCGCUAUCGAUUUCAAGACAACAGCUGGCAGGUGGUUGGGGGAGCCGAGGCUCGGCUGCCGGACCGCGUCUUCAUCCACCCGGACUCGCCUGCGACUGGAGAACACUGGCAGAACCGCACCAUAUCCUUCCACCGGGCCAAACUCACCAAUAACACUCUGGAUGCACAAGGAUAUAUCAUUCUCCACUCCCUACAUCGCUACCAGCCACGAGUCCAUGUGAUCGAGGCCCGUGAUGUGCUGAUGUGGGGAAGAGCCCAGCACUCUUUCACCUUCCCUGAAACACAGUUUAUUACGGUCACUGCAUACCAGAACAGCAAGAUUACUGAACUGAAGAUAAACUCAAAUCCUUUUGCGAAAGGCUUUAGAGAGAAUGGCAUGAACUGCAAAAAACAAAGAGAGGCAAGACUGAAGAGGAAAAUUACAUCCAAUCAAGAGGAAUGUUUGGAUAUUGAGUCAUGUGACCCAUGUGAUUCCACUGAGCUCCUAUCACAGUUGGUGGAAAUUCCAAGCUCCGCCCUCUCCAAUAUAAACACCGCCCUCCCAAUUACAGACUCAGGUUUUCUUACGGAAGUUCCAUCCCUCCCAGAUCAGACAGUCUCUGACCAACCCCUUGUCCUUGGACAAGAGUUCUUGACCUGUGAGAUUCCCUCAAUUGAGAAUCAACAACAGACAGCCUCUGAAAAUAAUGUAAACAACACACUGAUGGACGGGUCUGGACAAAUGAUGGGCCUUUCUGGAUAUACAUCAACUUUCCCAACUCCUCAGCUCAGCUCCUCAUCGCAUGCAUCAGUGCCUUUGCCUCAGUCAUCUUCCAUCUAUUCCAUGGUGUCCUCCACACAGAACUCUGGCCUUCAGCUUCCCCAGUCCUCAACGAUUUCAUCGCCACCCUCUAUGUCCACGUAUUCCUCUAUGCCUUCAUCAGACUAUCCUGGCCUAAAUACCUCUACAACUAUGCCCUCCUCUACGACCUCUCCCCCAGGCUCUUCAUACGCUCCCAUCUCUCCGCACCUUCUCCAUUCAUCAUCCUACCACUCUUUUCUUCCAACAGACCAAUCCCAGGACAACCUAAGCCCCCAUACACCUACAAAUCCACCUUUCCAGUCUAUCCCUCCCUCUUCUUGUCAAGGUUCUGGGUUAACUAUUGACCCUGGCCAAAAUCAAGUGGAUGAUGGAGGAUUAAGCUCAUCCAAUGCAACAACUCCUGCAGUCCAAAACCCAACCCAAACUGCCUUUCCCUUCCCUCCGGUGCAGUCCUCAAACGACCCCAAUCCAACAUCCCCUCCAUGUCAAAGUCUACCCCAAUCUGCUCUAGCCUUUCAGCCAGUGCCACAGUGCAACCCUAACCAAAUUCCCACCCCUUCUGACCCAAAUACAACUCCAACUGCAUUCCCCUUCCCUCCGGCAGCACAGUCUAACUCUAUAAUGACACCUUCCAAUCCAAACCCAAUGGGCUUCCCCUUUGCCCCUGUUCAACAGAACCAUAGCCACAACUUGGGUACCCCUGGACCUACUCCACCAACUGGUACUUUUCCAGCUUCCCAAUCCACAUCCAUUUCAGGUCUGAGAACCAUCCCAGAAAUUCCAAACCCAAUUUAUCCAACAACCGGAUCCUUUUCAUUGCCUUCCACCAAUGUUAUCCAUCAAGGCCCAAUGCAAUCAGUUUCCAACACACUGCAGCCUACAACAGCAUAUGCAGUCCCCUCAUUCCCUGCAUCUCUGCCCAAACACACUCCUGGGCCUCUCCAAAACCCUGCACCAAUUCUCACCUCUCACACAUCUUACCCCUUCCCAACUCCUAUCCCAUCUGGUCCACAUCCUCUACAGUGUCUGACUCUGCCCUCAUCUAGCUCGAUCCAUAGUGUCCCUGCGAUCCCGAAUACAACCCAAAUUCAAUCUACCCUUUCCCAGUCCUACCCUAAUCCCUCCUUCCCUCACAUUCCACCCCAAAAGGCAAACCCCUGUCAGAUUACCUCCCAGUCUUUUCCCCCAAUCCAAACCUCAAGUACCUCUCAGUUACUAUCUCAGUUUAAUCCCCCGGUUCCUCAAGCCUCAAUCCAUCCACAAUGCCCUUCCUCUUCAAACGCAUACCCUGCUGUAGCUCCCACUGAGAUAGGCACCUUCUCGCAGCUCAGUUCCGCUGCCCCCUAUCUGCCAGAUAUGGUACUGCACCCUUCCAUGCUCCCUUCUCUUGAUUCCUCUCUCUCCUCCUCUUCUCCCCCAUCCCUUUAUAACCCUUUUCCUUCCUACUCACUCCGUCUUUGCCAGGAUCCUCGGUCCUCCCUGCAUUUACCCCUUAGGCAUAUUUAUAGACCGCCACAGCAUGCUCAUGCUCAUGGUCAGGGCUCUUACUUUGACCUAAGCGGAAGAGCAGUAUUCUGAGAAUAAAAAGAAAAAAAAACAUGUUAGACAAAGUUUGCAAGGAGAUUUUGAUUUCUGCAUCAACCAGCAACUUUGCUCUGAAGAUGAUGGAAGCACUGCACAUUUUAUGACUGCAUUGGAGGACCUGUGAGACAAAAAGAGACAAACCAAAGCGUAGUUUAAAAUGUAAAACUUCUUAGUGUUUACGGCUGACAAAGGUUACAAUGUUUUUGUUUUAUCCUGAC